AUUAUUUGAUGGCGAUGGAUUUUAUCCAUCGUUAAUGAAGAUGUCGAUCUUUGUCUCUGGAUUGAAGUUCUGUUCAUGUGUUGCUUUGUUGGACGAUCUAGGAUCUGAACCGGUUCCGGCGACGGGAAAUCUGCUGGAUUUUUGCUAUCCUGGUCGUUCCUCUGCUUCGUCGAUCGGCCGCAGGACUGGUUUUUCCUUUCCCUUGUGGAUUCAUCUUAGAACUAUUAUUGAAGAGCGUCUCCUGGCGCCGUUCACUUGCAUGUUGAUUAAUCUGCAGAGACGAGGAACUUGUUCGUUGCGAUUUUACCUUCGAUUAGUUUGCGAUUUGCUUGUCUGAUGCAAGGAUGCACGGUAGUUCCUUGGAUCUGUCGGUGAGGGAGUUAUAUCGACCGUGUCCUCCUAUUAUCAUAGCUACAUGCGCUGGUCUUCCUUUCUUUCUGCAUUCGUUGAUGAUCAAAACCAUAUUGUACCGGGGGUUUAUUUGGAGAUUGGUCAUCUGCAGGUCGGAAAGCUUGCUCUUUCACGAUGCAGUAGCCU